AUGACCCUGAAUACCCCAAGACCAUCAGAUCAGGUCUCAUCUCAUGGGACCGGUGGGGCCCCAGACCCAGGUGCUACCACCCAACCCUUGGUGCAGUGUGGAACAGGCAAAGGGGCUUGCCAUUUGACAGCCCUGCUCAGCACAACUGCAGCAGGGGAGAGCAGCCAGAAUGCAACCAGGAAGAAGGAGCCCCCAGACACACCUCCACAAGUCCGGAAAAAGACCCGUACCCUUUACCGUACAGACCAGUUGAAAGAGCUGGAGAAGAUGUUUCAGGAAGACCAUUACCCUGACAGUGACAAACGCCGGGAGAUUGCCUUGGCUGUGGGGGUUACACCCCAGCGCAUCAUGGUGUGGUUUCAGAAUCGAAGAGCAAAGUGGCGGAAAGUAGAGAGACUGAACGCAAAGGGAAACAAGACCAACCUGGAAGCACCUGUCCCUCCGACUGCCCCUUCGGACAGUCAUCUUGGCUCUGCCCCUGAGCUCCCAUCCCCUCAACCCAUAGUCAUGGAGCCAGGAAACUUCACUAAUGAGCUGGUGCCUCCACCUGCCACUUUUCCUCCAGAGUCUAACCUACUACUGACAUGUGACCAGCCAAUGACUUUGAGUCAACACAAUGAUGAGGCUCAAAGAGGAGAGGUAGCUCCUCUCCUCCUUAGCCCUCCACCUGUCCGAAGGGCCAGCCUUCCCUUGACCUUGGGUCCUGCUCACACCCCACACCUGGUACCCCUCCUGCUGGAAACACCCAAUAGUGGUUUUAUCUCUAAGGAUGGCUCCUAUGGAUCUUGGGAAACAAGCAUUAACCCACCAAAUGCUUACAACUAUUCUGAGCAAAUGGAAUCCCAGUAUCAUCAUCAAGGCAACCAGUCCAGAGCCUUCCAGCUCUCCCACUAUCCCCAGCACCAGCUCUUCCACCAAUCCCAACACCACCUACCCCAGUUCCAUCCUUUCUCCUUUCCUCUCCCCAGCACACUGACCCCCCCUCCACCAGGAGACUCUAAUGCUGCUGCCCUCCUUGCAUUUUCCUAUGGUCGUGAUGGAGAGACCUCAACAGGAUUGUUUUCAGGUCCACUCACAUCCCUACAACCUAUUCCUUGGAAUGAUCCCUGUUUGCCAGAGCUGUCAUUCCCGGGUUCACUCUGCUCCCAGAACUUUGGGCACCACUCUGGAGGAGGGAGCUACAUACCUGACCUGGCUGCCCAUGUCUUGGAGAAGCAGUCUUCACCAGGCUUCAUCCAGCUUCUUGGAGGGUCUAAAACAGGCACUGGGCUGCUCGAGACUCAGGAAGAACUAUCUUCGAGCACUCAGGAGCAAUUAUCAUUGCCCAAGGAGGUCAGAGAUGGAGUCAAGAACACUCGCCUCUCCAGAGUUGCUCUUGAUGGAGACAGUAUUCCAGAAAAGAAUGAAGACUGAGAGAGAAAAGAAGAGGUUUCCUUAGCAUAACUUCUGGACGUUAUGUGUUGAGUUAUUUCUAUGUUGUUUUGCUUCUGAGAAGAGUUGA